AUGCCUAGACGCUACCUCAAUCUCCUUCACCGGGCUUGUCAUGCUAAGGACUACGAUCGAGCAGUCCUUCUUGUGGAGGCCGGGACAUGCGAUGUCAAUAGUGCCACACCGGGAGGAUUUUCACCACUAAUGAUUGCUGCGCUGACGCACCAAGGGCGUUUAGCGAGGUACCUUUUGUCGAAGGGAGGUAGUGUGUCUCAAAAGGCUAUCAACGGGCGCACGGCGCUGAUGGUUGCAGCGGACGGUGGAUACCUUGAUAUCACUACGCUGCUCGUCGAUGCCGGUGCUGCAGUCGACACAGCAGACACCGACGGCAAAAAAACAGCUUUACAUCUCGCAGUGGAAGGAAAACACCCCGAGGUGGUUAGGUUCUUGCUGGAGGCCAACGCCAACCCCUCCGCCAGAGUCCGAGAUGGUCGGACGCCCCUACACGCCGCGUGCUGGAUCGGUGAUGUACGGACAAUUGACUUGCUCGUGAGCGCGGGAAGCGACCCCCAGGCUUCGACGAAAGGCACGAACAAGAUGGUCCCUCUGGACUUCGCAGCUGAAAGUGGACAACGCGAAGCCAUAGUGUACAUGAUCUCUAUGAUUGGUCUUGCUAGCUGCGGAGGAGAUUCCGCCGGUUUAAUCGCACUCCAGAAGGCCGCCUUCUUUGGUCAAAUUGACGCCCUCCGCACCCUAGCAAGCUUUGGUGUGCAAGACACCAGGGGGGUAGCACUGGUGGGGGCUAUUUUGUGGGAGACCGACGACAAGUGUGCAAAAUUCCUGCUGAGGCACUACGAGGAGCACGCCCUCGGCCACAUCAACAGUGCCACCGAUACAAUCGGUCGUUCCGCUCUCGGUUGUGCCGCGGGCAGGUCUCCCAAGAAAGUCCAGUGGCUUCUCGAGGCCGGUGCGGAUGCGACGGCGUUGAUGGACCUAGGCGGCAUACAUCCUACCCCUGAAUGA